AUGCCCACUGUCUUCCGCAACUUCACAUCGGAAGCUUCUCAGUCUUUCAUCACCAGCGCCCUCCACUCCGUUCCCUCAUCCCACAUCCCAUUUCAGCUCGUUCUCCCCGUCCUCGCCGGCGCUUUCCUCGGCGUAUAUCUCAGUGGCGUCACCAAUGUCGUCCCCGUCUCCUCCCUCGUGGAUCGUGGCGUUCCCAGGACACCAUGGUGCCACCUCUCCCUGUUAUACCCCCUCGUCUCGCUUCAAAGUAUCGUCAUCCACGCACUCGCCGCCACCCGCCACCUCGCCACCGAAGCGCUCUGCGUCCUCGUCCUCUUCGUCUGUGAUCUUGCCUCCGUGUUGCUGAACCAGGAAGAUGCAAUCGCAACUUGGAGCGCGCUCGCACUGCACUGUGGAGACCUCGUCGUGCGCGACGCUGCAGCUACCGUUCGUCUCAUCGCCGAAGCACUCUCGGACGCUGUCCUUGGUGCACCUCCAGACGCGUCCGCCAGUGGCGCAGAACUGCCCAAUGCCGUGACCCCAAAGCCAAACGUCAUCGAGGAUCUAUUCCGUCCCAUAGACACGAGGGGCAUCGUCUUCAAGGCGUCUCCGUCUGUCCCGUCUCGCCGCUUGACGUCCUCGACCAGAACCGACCAUGCCGCGCAGCUUCGACACAUGUCCCGGGCGGCGUUUAAAUGCGCUGUAAGCCAUCUUGACGACCCGUACGAGGGCUCCUUCAACGUACGGUAUCCGGAGAAGGAUUUCGACUCGGCGUACCUCAGUGAUGCACAAACGUCGUCUACCUCCGACGACGAAGAAACUGUCUUAGUAUCAGGAAUCUCUCACGCUGUCCAGUCCGCGCCAUGGGCAAAACCGUCUCCGGCCUCAGCGACAAAGCAGGCCUCUGUACGUUCCGCGCUUCCCGUCCCCGAGAAGCCCGCACUGCAAGCGCCCGCCCAAUCACCCGCGCUCGCUGGUGCUCCUCCGGCCGCGGUUUCAUCAUCUGGUCUCGCAGACUACUCAAUCCCCCCAUCGAACAAACAGAAAUUUAAUGGUCCCAGUGCUUCGUCAUUCGCUCUUUCCUGUCCUAUCAAGAACGCCUCCAAAGACAAGCCCCCCGUUCCGCCGCCAUCAAUGGACACGAUGUUCGUUGACGACACCUGGGAUUCUUCCGGCUGGUUCCAUGGUUUCUUCUCCUGCAAGGGAUACCUUUCCAGCGGCACCGAAAUUACCCCCGCUGUUGAGAUGGACGUUGAUAUCGUCGAGUCCGACGGCAAACUCGAACUCGGAGAGGACAUCGACCCAGACACAUUCAUGAAGUCUCCGUGCUCCCACCUCUUCUGCCGUUCAUGCCCUGGCUCUCUCAAUCAAUCUCUCUCUGAAGCCGAGUUUUAUGGAUUCUACGGAUCAUGGUUAGCGUCUCAGCACGUUGAACCGGAAGCCGCUGCGUACCUGGCCUCACAUCUGCUUCGGCCCCCCGAACAACAUACGAACACUCCUGGAUCUGCGUCGACGUUCUGCGAGAAGUCCUCGUCUUCUGCCAUUGAUGCGCCGUCGUCGAACGCCAAUGCAGUCGCUACUCCCCCCUCACCGCUAGACCCUUGCUUGAUUCCACUCCCCGAGUCUCCCAUUGCAUUGUCACCCCUGCUUCCCUCCGUAUUGUCUCUUCGGCCCGAACCAUCCCCGACCCCGACCCCUUCUCUCGUGCCCCAGUGCUCAAACACACAGGACCACGCGCCGACCGGCUCCGUGGGUUCAGACGCUACAUCGGAGUCAUCGGAUACCGCGUUAUCCCCUGCAUCUCCUUCACUGCAGCUCGCCGCGUCCAUCCCUCUGCCACCUUCCCCCGUCCUAUCAAAAUCUUCGGUCCUCGAAUCGUCGAAAGAGACGAAACCUGCACGUUCCACUUCACCUCAGGCUCAAGGAUCCAUCGUGGCAAUGGCUCUCUUGUCGCUCGCUCCGGAAUAUGACAUGGAAGAUGUGUGCACGUCUUCGUCCAGCACACCAACAAGAGCGCCAGCCGUCGAGCUCGCAUCCGCAACAGCUCCGGAGACGCUCUCUUUCGUCAUUCCACCCAUCACCAGCGUGUCCCAAGGCGCGCUCGCUCCGGAUGAGCCAAACAUGGGAUCUUUAGACGUCACUUCAUUUGGCCCGUAUGACGUCGAAAUGGAAACACAGGAGGAAGUCUGGCCCCGGGACGGUCUGUUAUCAGUACCUCCACUGGCAGAGACGAAAGCGCCAGUGUUGUUAUCCUCUGUCGCACCCUCCGUUAACAACCCAGUCUAUGGUGCCUCCAAUGAGUCAAUGGAUGUCCUCACCACGCCCGAAGUCGGCACCAUGGGUGGAUCAGGAACCCCUGAGAACACGCCCACAGUUGACGUCGACGACGUCUCGAUGGAUAGAUGUCGGUCUCCUCUGGGAGUGUCGAUCUCCUCUGGGAGCGUCGAUCUCCUCCGGGAGCGUCGAUCUCCUCCGGGAGCGUCGAUCUCCUCCGGGAGCGUCGAUCUCCUCCGGGAGCGUCGAUCUCCUCAGGAGCCGCCUGACUCCUCUGUGAUCCUUAGUGGUGAGGGCUCCAGCGUUAUUCCUCUCUCCACCAUGACCUCCCUUCGAACUCGUACAAUGGUAACCGUUGUACCGAGCCUUCAGGGAUCUGUCGCCGGAGACCCUGCAUCCCUCCACAUCGCCGAGGCACCUCCCCCAUCAGCUACGGAACUCGCAGCACAGGAGGAUUCCGAAACGGAGACUGAGAUGAGCGAGGCAGACCACAUCCCGUUUCCCAUCACCCCACGUCGUGAGGCAGCUCGAGACACGAUGGAUAACCCAGACCUGUUUGUAGGCUUGCCGACAUACACAGGCCGCAGACCAUCCGUCGUGAUGGUAGACGGUAUAGAGAUGCCCCUCCUGGCAGGGCGGAGGGUGCCGAGGAAGAGCCUGAGUAUCGCAGGCAGCUACUGUUUGCACAGGCGCAUGGGGGAGGUGAAGGGCAGGAUGAGGUUGGCCGUCAAGGCCGCACGAAGUCAGAAGGUUACUAGCUAUGAAUCGCAUUGUUGUAUAGGCGACAAAGUGCACGACCUUGCCCACCUCUACACCGUAUCAUGCUUGCUCAUCACCACCACCACCACAUGCUCUGCCCCAAUGUUGUUGAACAUCUGCUGCAGGCUGUCGUCCAGAGAGUCGCUGAGCUCUGACCAGAGGAUCACCGAGUCGAUCUCUGAGUGCGACCCUCCUCCAGCAAUCCUGCGCGAGAGCAUGAGCAUGAGCAUGACGGUCGACGGUGCACAGCACAUAGUAGUCGACACCAAAGGCUGA